CGACAACUAAAACCGCUCAACUCAAUAGCGACUAAACCCUCGGCCUCACCGGUCUCGUUAGGGUUUUUGGGGCGGGCGUCGCGCCAACACACCGCACCCUCGCAGCCUCUUCUUCCUCCUCCUCCCGACCUCCACCACUUCGUUCCUUCUUCCCAUAUCCAUCCAAAACGGGGCCUAGCAACCGUGGUUACUUGAUCCUGGCGCGGACAGCAGGAGCUAUGGUGAUAGGGGUUUCCACCCACGUAGGCGUUCGGGGGCGCUUCUCUCCCUCUCCCUCCUAUCUCUGGUUAUCCUCUUGCCUCCAUCACGGCGCUUCUGGAUCGCGGCCGAUCUUGCCCAUCCGUCCCGUCGCGUGCUGCACUGGAACUACGCAAGAAAUGAAUGAAAGAAUUUCCAAGGACUGGUGGCUUUCAGAAACGGACAAACUAAGGUUGAAGAAAAAACAUAACAAAUUGUUGACAAAUAUUAGAGGAGGGGGUUGCACUGAUUUAUUACCCCAAUAUGUUGAUUCUAAAAUUAGAAAGGAAGUUGUUGAAUUAGGAAAUGUUGAAAAUGGAAGAGUUCACAUUCUUACUAAUCAUCGUCAAGACAUAAUUCACCAAGUUCCUACUCAUACUGUAAGACAUAAUUCACCAAGUAUGAAUGAGAGUGCCGUUGAUAAUAAACACCAACAAUCAUUGAUACCAGAAAGCAGGUUCCCAUUCCAGAACCCUCAACUGGAGAGACCCAUAUUGAAUCUCCAACUGCGUCAGUAUGAUCGUGUUGCAAAAGUUGUUAAUAAUGUUUCUGGUGGCACCGUGCACUCUGAAAAAUGUUUUAUCAAUGACCAACAUAUCAAGACAUCUACGACAGGACGACCUGCCAAGGAUUUGCAAAAGGUGGCACACCAGGAAAAAAUUACUGAUCUGCAUGACAAAGUAAUUAUUGUUGAUAAUGUCUCAACAGCUAAAGAAGUAGCUGUAAGACAUAAUUCACCAAGUAUGAAUGAGAGUGUCGUUGAUAAUAAACACCAACAAUCAUUGAUACCAGAAAGCAGGUCCACAUUCCAGAACUCUCAUCCGGAGAAACCCAUAUUGAAUCUCCAACUGCCUCAGUAUGAUCAUGUUGCAGAAGUUGUAAAUGAUGUUUCUAGUGAAACAGUGCACUCUGAAAAAUGUUUUAUCAAUGGCCAACAUAUCACGACAUCUACAACAGGACCACCUGCCAAGGAUUUGCAAAAGGUGGUACACCAGGGAAAAACUACUGAUGUGUAUGACAAAGUAAUUAUUGUUGAUAAUGUCUCAACAGCUAAAGAAGUAGCUCGGCUACUUAUUACAGAGUACAAAAAUUUCAUUCAUGCAUGUGAUACUGAGGUAGCCAAUAUUGAUGUGAAGUCCGACACACCAGUUGGACAUGGGGAUGUUAUAUGCUUCAGUAUCUACUCUGGUCCACUGGCAGACUUUGGAAAUGGAAAGUCUUGUGUUUGGGUUGAUGUUCUUGAUGGUGGAGUGGAAGUGUUAAUGGAGUUUGCUCCAUUUUUUCAAGAUCCUUCUAUCAAGAAGGUUUGGCAUAAUUAUAGCUUUGAUAGUCAUAUAAUAGGAAACAAUGGGAUCAAGCUUGCUGGGUUCCAUGCGGAUACCAUGCAUCUUGCACGACUUUUUGAUUCUUCUAGGACAAUCGAUGGGGGUUAUUCACUUGAAGCACUUACAAGUGACCCAAAGAUCAUGUCUCAAGGAAACUCAGAUGAUGAUGUUGAAUUAAUCAGUGGAAAGAUGUCAAUGAAAUCCAUCUUUGGUAAGAAAAAAUUAAAGAAAGAUGGAACUGAAGGAAAAAUUAUCACACUUCCUCCUGUUGAAGUUCUACAAAGAGAAGAACGAAAAUCGUGGAUCAGAUAUUCUGCUUUAGAUGCAAUGAAUACAUUAAAACUUUUUAAUCGCUUGAAAGAAAAACUUAUGCAUGUACCAUGGUUUUAUAAAGGCAGUUUACAAGGAACAAUGUAUAACUUCUAUGAAAACUGCUGGCGCCCUUUUGGUGUUCUAUUAGUAAAGAUGGAAUCUGAAGGAAUUCUGGUCGAUAAAGUCCAUCUAUCAAAGAUUGAAAAGCUCGCUGUUGGUGAUAAGCAAAUAGUUGCAGAUAAAUUCAGACGGUGGGCAUCCAAGUACUGUGAGGAUGCCAAGUAUAUGAAUGUGGGAAGUGAUACUCAAAUAAGGCAGCUGCUAUUUGAUGACACAUCGAGGAGAGGUCGAAAUGAUAUGAAUUUUGAGUCAAAGCCAGAGUCAAAGUCAUUUAAGGUUCCUAAUACUGAGAAAAUUGUUGAAGAAGGGAAGAAGACUCCUCUCAAGUAUCGUACAAUUCAUCUACAUAAGAUUUGUGAAGGUUUGCAAACUGAUAUGUAUACAGCCAGUGGGUUUCCGUCUGUAAGUGCUGAUGCUCUAAAAGUAUUUGCUGGAAACAUCCCCAGCAAUCAGAUUUUUCGGAUCGAUAAUGCAUGUAAAGAUGAGUAUGCCACUGAAGAAGGGAUAAUGGACGACCACAAUCUGUCAGAUACAGGGACAGAUUAUGAAGACUGCUCUUAUGGUACUGCAUUUGAGGCAUUUGGAGGAGGCAAUAAAGGAAGGGAGGCCUGUGAAGCUAUUGCUGCUCUUUGUGAAACUUCUGCCAUUGAUUCACUGAUAACAAAUUUCAUUAUUCCCUUGCAGGAAAAUCAUAUAUCCUGUGUCCAUGGGAGAAUUCAUUGUUCUCUGAACAUCAACACUGAAACUGGGCGCUUAUCAGCUAGGAGACCAAACUUGCAGAAUCAACCUGCACUGGAGAAGGAUAGGUACAAAAUUCGGCAGGCUUUUAUUGCUGAACCAGGAAAAUCUCUUAUAGUUGCUGAUUAUGGGCAGCUGGAGCUUAGGAUCUUAGCACAUCUUGCGGACUGCAAAAGCAUGUUGGAGGCCUUUAAAGCUGGUGGAGAUUUCCAUUCUAGAACAGCUAUGAAUAUGUAUGCGCAUGUGCGUGAGGCUGUCAAAAAUAAGAGAGUUCUUCUUGAGUGGGAUCGUCAACCUGGAGAAGACAAGCCUCCAGUUCCUUUAUUGAAAGAUGCUUUUGCUUCCGAGAGAAGGAAGGCUAAGAUGCUUAAUUUUUCUAUUGCAUAUGGAAAAACUCCAGUAGGCCUUUCUCGUGAUUGGAAGGUUUCUUUGAAGGAAGCCAAAGAAACCCUCGAUCUUUGGUACAAGGAAAGAAAAGAAGUAAUGAAGUGGCAGGAUAGACAGAAAAAGGAGGUCUGGGAAACUGGUUGUGUGAAGACAUUGCUUGGACGCUCAAGACAUUUUACUUCAAUGAUAAAUUCCAAAAGUCAGAGGGGUCACAUUGAACGAGCUGCAAUAAAUACACCAGUCCAGGGAAGUGCAGCAGAUGUCGCCAUGUGUGCUAUGCUCGAAAUAGAUAGAAAUGUUCAUCUGAAGGAGCUUGGAUGGAAACUUCUGUUGCAGCUAGACAGCUGUCAACAUCAAUUCAGAUAUGAGUAUAAAAGAUUAGCUUGGUUCACGAAGCUCCUGUCAAUACGGGUCCCGGAGAAGGGUAUGCAGGCUAAUGCAGCCAUAGUCUGCUUUGCAAAAGGCUGUUUCUGAGAUCACUCAGAUACCGGUAUCCCAAUAAAUAUUUUUCAAAGUUCUUACACAUGACCCAUAGGAGUAUAGUGUAUCUAUGUUGGAAUUUCGGGUGUCUAACUCAUAUAGUGUGGGGAUAGAUGAAAUGUUUGGUUAGAAAAGCUAGUUGUUUCUUCCAUAUAAUGGAAAGAUGCCUGCUGAGCAGUUCAUUUGUUUAUAGAAUUUUGUUCUUUAUUCACGCUGCUUGAUGGAUAAAUUGGUGUUUUCAGUAGAAAGCGAGAACUGCUACAUAACUAUUUUUGCAUAUACAAAUUAUGCCCUUCGCCUUUUUUGCCUGAUGAUUCCAUUUUUCAUGUUUCUCUCUGAAUUUGUUUUUGGCUGUAAUGCUUUUUUUUGAGCAGUUUGUUUCACCCAAU